UGAGCCCGACAGCAGCUGACACUGGCCUGAGUCAGGAGGUGGAGGGAAAUUGUUGAUACUGUCUGAAGGCGCUAUCUAAGUAUAGCUGAGCAGCAGCAUCAUGGCGGAGACGAGCAUAUCUCCGGUUCACAUCCAAAAUCCGCAACCAGUGCCGACAACAAGCUGGCCAAUUACCCGGGAGUCCUAUGAGCUCCAGGAGGUUAUCGGCAGUGGGGCUACAGCUGUCGUGCAGGCCGCCCUCUGCUUGCCCCGGCAGGAGCGCGUUGCCAUCAAGCGGAUUAACCUGGAGAAGUGCCAGACCAGCAUGGACGAGCUGCUGAAAGAGAUUCAAGCAAUGAGCCAGUGCAGCCAUCCCAACGUAGUCACGUACUACACUUCAUUUGUUGUAAAAGAUGAGCUUUGGCUGGUCAUGAAACUUCUAAGUGGAGGGUCGAUGCUGGAUGUAAUAAAACACACGGUCAACACAGAAGAGCAGCAGAAUGGAGUCCUGGAUGAGCCUAUAAUAGCCACCAUUUUAAAAGAGGUAUUAGGAGGCCUAGACUACCUGCACAGAAAUGGUCAGAUCCACAGGGAUGUGAAGGCUGGGAACAUUCUUCUGGGAGAGGAUGGUUCAGUCCAGAUCGCAGAUUUUGGAGUCAGUGCGUUUCUAGCUACCGGAGGAGAUGUUACACGAAACAAAGUACGAAAGACCUUUGUGGGGACGCCAUGCUGGAUGGCUCCUGAAGUAAUGGAACAGCCUUUAUUUCAUCAGGUGCGAGGUUAUGACUUCAAAGCAGACAUCUGGAGUUUCGGAAUCACGGCCAUUGAAUUAGCCACGGGAUCUGCGCCAUAUCACAAAUACCCACCCAUGAAGGUUCUGAUGCUGACGCUGCAGAACGAACCCCCCACACUGGAGACCGGUGUGGAGGACAAGGAGAUGUUGAAGAAGUACGGCAAGUCCUUUAGGAAGCUGAUAACCCUGUGUCUUCAGAAAGACCCGACGAAGAGGCCGACUGCAGCAGAGCUUUUGAAAUGUAAAUUUUUCCAAAAGGCAAAGAACAGAGAGUAUCUGAUUGAAAGACUGCUGAACAGAGCACCAAAUAUAGCUCAAAGAGCCAGAAGGGAGCCCGAGCAGAGCACGGGGAGCGCGAGCUUGACGUCGAGUUCUGAGACAGGUUCUGAACACAAUCCCACGCGAAGGGUGAGGAGAGUGCCGGGGUCGAGCGGGCACCUGCACCGGACGGAGGACGGGGACUGGGAGUGGAGCGACGACGAGCUGGACGAGAGGAGCGAGGAGGGGAAGGCCGCGGCCAAUCAGGGCAGGUCACGGAGGAUCCGCGAGGAGAGCCGAGAGAAGGACGCCAACGGGAACACCGCCGACCCGCCGUCCGCCCGGCACCCCCAGGUCCAGCCGUACGAGGUCCCCGCCCCCUGCGCUCCAGGCCAGAGCGCCGUGAACAUGGUGCUGCGGCUAAGAAACUCCAGAAAGGAGCUGAAUGACAUACGAUUUGAAUUUACUCCUGGUCGAGACACUGCAGAUGGAGUGUCUCAGGAGCUCUUCUCAGCCGGCCUUGUGGACGGACAUGAUGUCCUUGUGGUUGCUGCUAAUCUUCAGAAGAUUGUAGACGAUCCAGUUACCUACAAAGUAUUGACCUUUAGACUGGCUUCGGGCUGCGAAAGCGCGGAGGUACCCGACGAGGUGAAACUGGUCGGUUUCGCCCAGCUGAGCGUCAGCUGAUCCUCCCCCUCCCCCGGUCUCUCACGGGGCCUAACCCGGCACGGGUGCGGAAGAGCCCGUCGCGGGCUAACAGCCGAAGCACAGGAGAAGCACGGAGAAGCGCCUUGAGCCUCUCCACCCUGCAAGUCCCCCUGCCACUCACCGGGCCGGAACGCCAGCAGAUCUCUUCUGGGAUUCUGCCAGAGCUCUGCUAGAAGUAAAAUUCCACCGCAACCUCCGUGGGAACUCUACUGGAGCUCCACUAGAACUCCGCUAAAACUCCACUGUAAUUAUGCUGCAACCGUCUUAGCACUAUGCCAGAACCGCGCCCCAAGCUCUGUUUUAAUUCUGCUUUUGAUUCUAGAAGUCCAUGGGUGGUCACUCCCAAGGACAGGCACUGAAAAGGGGAGGCUCAGGUGGUAUGUUGAAAAGUCGCUUGAGAGGCAACUGUCUUGCCUCUCCUUUCAGUGUGGCUCGAACGUCCAUUAUUUAUCGAACUAAGGAUGCCUCUGUUCCUUUUUUGUUCCUGUUUUCAAAGUAAAGCGCCUGCGUCUUCAUCUCGCGUAUUGCGGUGAGUACGACUGACGUAAAAAGCAAUUAGUCUGAACUGUACUCCGUCAGAACGUUAAAUUUGUCUCAAAGCACAUUUUGAUGGACGCAUUAUAAUUGUCGAAUUCAAUUUAAUGAACUGCAGUGCGCGUUGCAGAAAGAGUAAUCCAAGCAAAAGCGAAAAAAAAAUGCGAUGGGAGAAUAGGAGUGAGCUAUAAAAACACUCAUUUUUUUUCAAAAGUCAGUGUUGGAAAAAAAAAAAAAGACGCUGGAGGUGCCUUGCUCUUCAAAUAGUGCCUGAAGAUUAUGGCAGCGUUUUUGCAGCCUGACCACAACCUGUCAUGAACUCUUAAAACACAUUGUGUGGUGUUGACAAAAAUCGUAAAGCACAAAAUCAUAACCUAGAUACCUAAUGAUAAACAAUGUCCUGCAUCCUUAAUGGACAGUAACAGUUUCUGCAAUAUCCAGGAUUGUUUGGAUCAUUACAGUAUGGCCCUUAUAUAACAGGCAUGUCCUCCUACAGAUAUUCUGCUGAAAUAUAAGUAUUUUCACCAUCGACUGGAAGCUUUGACAGGAAAGCUACUGUGCACUUUUGGCCAGAGUAUAUGUACCAGGCAUGCCAAUGCCCUCCCUGUAAGAUUCACCCAAUGAAUUCCAAACAGAAUUUAACCUGUAACCAUUGUUAUCUGUAACAAAGAUACCAUAACCAUUACAUAAUUCAUAAACUGCAAUACAAUUUCAUAGAUGUGAACUACUAAACUUGAAUACUGAAAAAUAAGCUUAUAUUUAACUGCAGUGCAGAAAUAGUGUCUUUCUGAAGGGCAUUUAGUCUCAGAAAUGUACUGUAUAAUGAUGUACCUGGGAAAAAAAAAACAAACAAAAGGAAACUACUGAAGAAUGUUUCGCCAUUCAUUUGUUAAAAUAAGUGCAGUAGCUCUAAAUUAUUUGUAAUUAUUGAAGUACCGAGCUUCUAUUGAAGUCAUAAUAUUAACUGUACCAAGCUGUUUGUUUUGACGUAACUUGUGUUUUCUAUAUACAGUAUGUAUCAUUUCUGCAUAUUAAUCAUGUUCUUCCUGUAAGCAGCUUGUUUAAAAUGUCUACAGAAAGGUAAAUAAAAUCUUGCUGUUACAAAAAUAA